AUGGCUGGAGCUGGCAAAGGCAACGGGCUAGGACCCGCUGUCGGGAAACUAGAAUCCCAGAUUUAUUGCAUCAAGUACACUUUAUUUUGCUUCAACGUCGUGCUGUGGUUAUUUGGCGUGUCUAUAUUUGCCCUUUGUCUAUGGAUCUGCAUUGAACCUGGCUUCAACGAAUGGAUGAAAAUUUUGGAACUUCAGAAGUACUUCAUUGGGAUCUACAUCAUUCUUAUUGCCUCAUUAGGUGUAAUGGUAGUAGCGUUCCUUGGUUGCGGUUCGGCUCUUAUGGAAAAUAUCCUGCUAUUAUACGCAUUUAUAGGCACACAAAUCGCCUUGUUUGUGUUUGGAUUGAUUGGUGCUUGUGUGGUUCUGGACUUCUCUACAUACGACUCCAGCAUACAGCCUCUUAUUAAAAAUAUUUUAAUGAGGCUUAUAAAUAAUCCCCAACAUGAAGGCAGUCGAGAAAUCCUAAGGAUGGUGCAAGAAGGGAUUGGAUGCUGUGGAGCAGAUGGCCCAAUGGACUACUUAAACUUGAACAAACCAUUGCCUUCUGAAUGCCGUGAUUCAGUCACUGGUAAUGCCUACUUCCAUGGUUGCGUAGAUGAACUGACUUGGUAUUUAGAAGGGAAGACUGGCUGGCUGGCUGGCAUGGUUCUCGCUUCUUGUAUGAUCUGCGUGGUUAAUGCUGUUAUGUCUAUGGUCUUGAUUCAGGCAGUGAAGAAAGAAGAAGAGGAGGCUAUAGUCUAUAAAAAUUAG